AUGACCGAGGUGAAGGCCAAGGAGCCCAGACCGCCUCCGCCUGUCAGAGACGGGGCGGUUCUCCUGCAGGGCCAGCCCGGCCGAGACCCCUUCCGCAGGGAAGCCGAGGCCAUUGACAUCUCUCUGGACGGACUGCUCUACCCCAAGAGCAGCGACGAGGAGGUUGACGAGGAGGAGGAAGAGGAGGAAGAGCCGCGGCAGCAGCUUGCGGGGGAGGAGGACCGGGACUCCCUUUCGUACCGACCGGGGUGCGGUUCCCUCUCGGACAAGGACUCCUUGGACACCGUGCUGGACACCUUCCUGGCGCCCGCAGGUCAUGCCAGCUCCUCUGCGGCCGCGGCGCCUUGGUCCUUCUUCGGGGCGGAAGCCGCGGAGCCGUCUGACGCCCCGAUGAGCCGCGGCCCCUCGCAGAAGGUGGGCGAGGUCGCCCAAGGCGCACCUGGCACCUCGCAGCCUCCACCGCGGCUCGUCCCGCUCUGGCCGGCUGGAGACGCCUUGACCACCGCCGCUAAACCGCGGCCGGCAGGGCCGGGGACCGGCGCGGAGGGUCCCACCACGGCCCCCAAAGGCGAAACGCCGGGGUUGGUGGCGCUGCCCGGCGGCGGGGGCCGGCCGGGGCCGGGAGCAGGGGAGCUGGGGCAGGAGUACCUGCAUGUGCCCCUGCUGCCGCUCAACUCUGCCUACCUGGCCUCGCGUACCCGGCAGCUGCUGGACGUGGCGGAGUACGAGGGCGGCAGCCCUGCCGCGGGGCCGCGCUCCUCGCCCCCCGCCACGGACCUGGCGGGCUACGUCUACCCGCCGGCGGAUGCCAAGGAGGGGCACUUCGCCUACGGCGACUUCCAGCCCAGUCUGAAGAUCAAGGAGGAGGGUCUCGGCCUCGCCACCCCGUAUCACGGCGGCAGGGCCACCGCCGCGGCCGGCUCCGCCGAAUUUCCGCAACCCCCGAGGGCCGGGCAGGAAUCCUCGCUGGAGUGUGUCCUCUACAAGACGGAGCCCACUGUCCUGUCUGGGGUCUAUGGGUCAGCGGCGGCGCCUCCUGACAGCCUGCCCUCCACCUCGGCCGGGCCACCGGGCCUCUACUCGCCACUGGGUCUCAACGGGCACCAGCCGCUGGGCUUCCCGGCGACGGUGCUGAAGGAGAGCUUGCCCCAGCUGUGCCCACCCUACCUCGGCUACGUUCGGUCAGAUACAGAAACCAGCCAAAGUUCUCAAUACAGUUUUGAUUCGCUACCCCAGAAGAUUUGUCUCAUCUGCGGAGAUGAGGCUUCUGGUUGCCACUAUGGAGUACUUACCUGUGGAAGUUGUAAAGUCUUCUUUAAAAGGGCAAUGGAAGGGCAGCACAACUAUUUAUGUGCUGGAAGAAAUGACUGCAUAGUUGAUAAAAUUCGUAGGAAGAACUGUCCAGCUUGUCGCUUGCGGAAGUGCUGUCAAGCCGGCAUGGUCCUGGGAGGUCGAAAAUUUAAAAAGUUUAACAAAAUUAAGGUCGUGAGGACAUUAGAUGUCGCACUCCAGCAGCCAGCAGCCCUCCAAGAUGAAAGCCAAUCUCUAACCCAAAGGCUGUCCUUUUCUCCAAAUCAAGAAAUACAGUUUGUUCCCCCAAUGAUAAGUGUUUUGCGAGGCAUUGAGCCAGAAGUUGUCUAUGCUGGUUAUGACAAUACAAAACCCGAAACACCAAGUUCAUUGCUGACCAGUCUAAAUCACCUUUGUGAGAGGCAACUUCUUUGUGUGGUCAAAUGGUCUAAAUUGCUACCAGGAUUUCGGAAUUUACAUAUUGAUGAUCAGAUAACCCUCAUCCAGUAUUCAUGGAUGAGCCUAAUGGUUUUUGCAAUGGGAUGGAGAUCAUACAAACAUGUCAGUGGUCAGAUGUUAUAUUUUGCACCAGACCUGAUCCUGAAUGAACAGAGGAUGAAAGAGUCAUCGUUCUAUUCCCUGUGCCUGUCCAUGUGGCAACUCCCACAGGAAUUUGUUAGACUUCAAGUUAGCCAAGAAGAGUUCCUGUGUAUGAAAGCACUGUUACUUCUCAACACAAUUCCUUUGGAAGGUCUUAGAAGUCAAAGCCAAUUUGAUGAGAUGAGAACAAGUUACAUUAGAGAACUGGUGAAGGCCAUUGGUUUGCGCCAGAAAGGUGUUGUGGCCAACUCGCAACGCUUCUACCAACUUACAAAGCUGAUGGAUUCCAUGCAUGAUCUAGUGAAACAGCUCCAUCUCUUCUGUCUGAACACAUUUCUCCAGUCCCGUGCACUGAGUGUUGAAUUCCCCGAGAUGAUGUCAGAGGUGAUUGCUGCUCAGCUACCCAAGAUUCUGGCAGGGAUGGUGAAACCUCUUCUCUUUCACAAAAAGUGA